ACAAACCUUGUCCAGCUCACAAAGUCGUAAAGCAUUUUUGUGUCAUGCUAUACACCGAAUCUUGACACGAAGAGUGACAAUUUGCAACGCGUGCGUGACGCGGCGUUACGCGCACGCGCAGAGAGCGACGCGCGUGACGUCACGCGGGGAGGUCCGCAGCAAGUGACGCCAUCGCAUCCCUUCCCCUCGCGUUUUCGUCCCGAUCCGUGACCGUCAUCGCACAGCAUCUUCCUCGCCAUCACCAUCUUCAUCAUCAUCAUCAUCAUCGCGCGAGCCAGGCCUUCAUCCUCCACCUCCUCUUCAUCAUGUCCGCCGCCAAGCAGGAGGCCCGCAAGGGCUCGGGCGAGUGGCGAGAGUUCUUCUGGAACCCGCGCACGCACGAGCUGCUCGGUCGAACCGCGGGCAGCUGGGGUCUGAUCCUGCUUUUCUACCUGGUCUUCUACCUGUUUCUGGCCGGGAUGUUCACUCUCACCAUGUACAUCAUGCUGCUGACGCUGGACGACUACAAGCCCACCUGGCAGGACCGCCUAGCCACCCCAGGGAUGAUGAUUCGUCCGAGGGGCAACCAGCUGGAGCUCACCUAUUCUCUGUCGGAGACGCAAAGCUGGGAAGGCUUCGUGCAAAAUCUCGACUCGUUUCUGUCCCCAUACGACGACAACCGGCAGGUUCAGAUGAACGACAACUGCCCUCCGGAUCAAUACUUCAUCCAAGAGGACAGUGGAGAGGUUCGGAAUAAUCCAAAGCGUUCCUGUCAGUUCAAUCGGUCAGUGUUGGAGGACUGCUCGGGGCUUCCCGAUCGUUUCUACGGUUACAGCCGAGGACAGCCCUGCGUGCUGAUCAAACUCAACCGGGUGAUCGGGAUGUUGCCGGGAAAGGACGGACAGUCACCUUUUGUCACCUGUGCCGCCAAAAGGGAGGACAGCGAUAAAAUGGGACCUCUGUCUUAUUUUCCUGCAAAUGGAACCUUCAACCUCAUGUAUUACCCUUAUUAUGGCAAGAAAGCUCAGGUGAACUACACUCAGCCGCUGGUGGCCGUCAAGUUCCUGAACGCUUCUCUCAACACCGACAUCGACGUCGAGUGCAAAAUCACCUCCAACUCGCUCGACCCCGGCAGCGAGCGGGACAAAUUCGCCGGCCGAGUGUCCUUCAAGCUACGAAUCGACGACAAGUAGACGCACAAACGCGCUAGGUCGCAAACGUCACCGCGCUGCAAUCAUGACUCAGACCACUCCCGGUUUCCCCCCCCACUUAGCGCACAAACUCGCUCACCCACCACAGUCCCCUCGCAGUUUGACGUCAGCACACCAGAAUCUCAGUCUACCUUCCCUAAUCACAAGCAAGCUCUUUAUUUAUCUAUUUAUGUAUUUAUUUUUGUAUUUAUUUUAUGCACCUCACUGUCACCGUGUCCUGGAACCUCGGCUGGCAUUUCUAUCGUUUAUUUCAGUGAUUCUCAAACGGGGGUUCUCGCACCCUAAUGCACAAGCUGUAGCUUGAGGAUCUGCAAAAAUGAUUAGCAAACAAUUAUUUCAUAUCAUUUUUAAAAAGUGGAUACCUACCUAUGGGGAAAGGUGCAGCAAUAAAAUAAACCUAAACCAAUUACUCCUCCCUACCUUCGUUCUAAGUCAAUUAAAAGCUCUGAUCACAUUGUACUAUUAUCAAAUAAAUCGUCCAUCUUUGCACAAAGAAAACCCGAUUUUAUUUUUGAAAUAAAGGUGUCUUCCAGAAUAAAAGGCGUAAUAUUGUGAGGAUAAAGUUGUAUAUGACUUUCUUCCCUCAUUGAACGAUGACUUUCACAUCUCUUGGAAGAGGAGAGAAAUUUAGUCAUGUGAGAUUAUGACUGUUUAUCCUGACAAAAUAUGCCUUUUUUUAUUGUAAGGAUUACUGCCUUUUUUUCUUGAAAAAGUACGACUUUAUUCUGACACGAUCAUGACAUUUUUUUUCUCUAAAAAAAUAGAAAUUAGUUAUCCUGAUGUUACAAAUAGCAAACUUGUGGGCAGCCACAGUCUCUCAGGUGUCACAAUAGUAUUUUUUUUUUUCUUAUCAAAUAAUUAUUGCAAUUCGUUGUGGACUUAACGGAGUUGAAGUGUUUGCCUCUUACUGACUUUUGUGUACUUUCCCCACAAGUGUUCUCUUCCCAUCACCUUAGUUCGCCUUAGUUCGUGUGCAGCCAAUUAAGAUGUUGUAUGAUGUCAUGUGACUUCGGUUGUCAUGUCUGAACGUCAUUAAAAAAAUCGAUUUUG